ACUUCCUGGUAACACGGAGUACAGGAUUUGCAACUGUUUUUUUUGAAGCAUAGAGAAAUCAAUUCACAAUUCACAAUUCACAGUUUUUAUUUUUAAAGUUUUUGCUAAUUUUUAGGCAGUCUUGCUCAGUGGAAAGUACUUGAAUCAAAUUUUGUUGCACAAGCUUCGUUAUGUGCUCAAAUGGAUUCACCCUUUGAGCUUAGUCCAUUAAUUCAGAAGAUUGCUGGAGAAGUAGCCGCUACACCUACGCGAAGGCGAAGCUUCUCUCGUCCCACAGAGAUUUGUCUUGAGGAAUGGUGGCUUUCAAAACCUGAAGGUUGUAAGGGUUUAGCUGUAAGCGGUCGUCCCACGGAGGAGAGGAAAUGCAACGAUGCACACCAAAAAUUUCACUCUGCUCCCGCUAAAAGGAGAUUUGCGUCAAGAGAAUUUCACUCUGCAGAAAUUGUAAAGAAGCAUGGUUGUACCAUACUUGAAACUGCUGAUGGUAUUUUUGUUUCCCUAAGCGGCUUCAUAGACAGGUCUCGCACACAACAAAAUGGCUUUUCAUUUGAGGUUUGCAGGGAUUUCAUAUAUGGAUUUCCUAAUGGAUGGAAAGAUUAUGCUACAUCCAUGGCCAUGGGUGACGAAACAAGUGAAGUUAACCGCAUAGAGUUAAAUGAGAGUGUCCUGUCUGCUGUAGAAACAAGUGAAGUUAGCCGCAUAGAGUUAAGUGAGUGUGCCAUGCCUGCUGCAGAAACAAGUGAAGUUAACCUCAUAGAGUUAAGUGAGUGUUCCUUGCUUGCUGCUAUAGAGGCCUGCAAUGGUGCUCAGUUGCACGAGUUGGUGUGGUCUAUUCCUGACACUGAAAGGGAUGUGUUCAAUAAGAUAGUUUAUGACAAGCUGAUUGAAGUGCUUACUGCACAACCUAAGGAUGUAACUGAAGAUCAACCCUUGUAUGACAAGUUAAUUGAAGUGCUUACUCCACAACCUAUGGAUGUAACUGAAGAUCAACCCUCAAAAUCUACUUCAUCUCAAGUUGAUGCAGAUGUUUUAGAGUCCAGUCUCAGAGGACAGAUGCAAGCAAGAAGCGGCAAAGUAAUGCCCCAUCACACUCGCACACUUCCUCUAAGGAGGAGUCCCGGAAAAAGAAGUUACUAUGAUGAAGAAGAUUGCCAGUUUGAACUUUUCAUGCAGAAGUCGAGAGUGAAGAAAAAGUCAAUGCUUUUGUCGUUGAAGCAGGAAGCCAGUAUAAACUUGAGGAAACCUCUUUACUGACCAGCUUACUAGAACUCAUUACUGUAAAUGAGAUUCUGUAUAUAUUUAGUAGUAGUAAACAUCUAAGCCUGAACAUACCUGAUAUGGUUUGCUUUAAACCCAACUUAUCCAACACUUGAAAACGCAUCAAGCUUCAGGUACCCUACGUGCUGAUUCUGCCUAACCCAAAUCGUAUACGACUCAUCGCCCUCAUGCCAAGCUACGUUAUGGGACAAAUUAGGCGAGGAUGUCUUAAUUUUGAUUUUUAAGCGUCAUACUUAAUUAAUCCUUCAGAGUUCUUGCAAUUUUGAUUUCACAGACUUUUCGAAAAGGCCGAUCUACGAUAAUAUAUUGCGUGGCGGUUUAAAAGAGGAAGGUUAUCCGCACCUGUUCUGUUCUUUUAGUUACCCUUAUUGAUGUUAUAAGUUUUCUUUAUUGUAGUUAUAAGUUACGUUAUUUUCAAGUCUAUUAGCUUAAAUGGUAGAGUAAUGUAUAAUAUUGUACAUGGUGGGGGAUCAAACUCCACUUAGCCUACUACCUAUAUUACACUUGUGUAUUGGUGUAUAUUUUCAUUAUUGGUGUUGUAUUGGUCAUAGUUAUGACUUGUAACAAGCAUAUAACUUUUGAUCAGGGCACUUAAUUGUUUAUUGUUA